CAAACACCACCAUCACCUCCCCUCCUCUCUCAAUCUCUCUAUAUUACCCCCAACACAAAAACCCAAUGACCCAAACCCAAACCCAACCCCAACCAUGAAAAUGCCCCCACUCCCAUGGCAUGGCGACAGCACAAAACCAUGACGCCCUUGAAUUCUACCCAGCGUAUUGUUUCAAGGCGUCCCCAACCCACUUCACCUGGGUGAAGAUGGCCGCGGUGGAUGUACUGCGAUUGAGAAGAAGACCGGAGUUUCCAGACCCCAAAACCUACUUCCACAAAAACCAUCCCAUUCAAUACAUCUCCCUUUUAGGAAUGAUAACCUCUCGAACGGAUCUACCAACGGUCACGAUCCUCACGCUCGACGAUAGCAGCGGUGCGACGCUCGACGUGGUAGUUCAGAAAGUCAGCGCUACAAUUCCCACACUCACAUCCAUGAUACCACCACCAUCUGGAAUGCACACACACAUAUCCCCUACAACCGCUCUCCCGUUGGACAUAAGCCCCUAUACACCGGGCACGCUCGCGCACGUGAAAGGCACGGUGAUCACCUUCCGCGGCGUGAACCAGCUGCAGCUCGAGCGGGUAUUCCCUGUGCGGGACACGAACGCUGAGAUGCGGUUCGUGGAUCAGCGGUCGCGGUGUUUGGUGGAGGUGUUGGAUGUGCCGUGGCGGUUGGGGAGGGAGGAGGUGGAGAGGUUGAGGGGGGAGGUGGAAGUGGAAGUGGAAGGGGAGGAUGGGGGUGUUGGUGUUGAUGUGGAGGAGGAGAGGGGGAGACGGAGGAAGAGGAGGAGGAUUUGGAAGAUGUGGGAGAGGGAGGAGAGGGGGAGGGAGAGGGAGGCGGAGGUUUGUAGGGUUGAGGGGGGCAGGGUUAUGGGUGUUAUUGAGGGGAGGAGGGUGAAGAGGGUGGAUGGGGGUGGAUGAUGUGUGUGCGAUUCCGAAAGGUGUGGUAUUAGUGAUAUUAUACAUUUUAUUAAGAAAAGGAAGGGAAGAAAAGGAGCCAAGGUUCAAAUACUGAGGGAAGUUCGUGGUACACUUUCAGAAAGGAAAAAGUCAGAGUGGC